AACAGUGUUGCAGUUUGAUUCCACAGUCUCUCAACGUUAGUAUCACAAACAUGAUUCGCGUGUGCUUACUUUUCCUUAGCCUAACUACCUUGGGCGUUUGGGGUAAACCCAAAGAGCCAGCUGAGGCACAAUGCUGGGUAGUGGGCGAAUGUCUGGGUAGUAAUAUGGGCGUGACCUUCACCGACAACAAAGAAGAUUGCUUAAAGGCUUGCCAAGAAGCGACCAACUGCGAAUGGUUCACUUGGCAUUCGGAUUCCAAGCUUUGCAACAAGUUCAGUACUUGCCCAACUUUGGACGAUUCGUGCACAACUUGCAUCAGUGGCGAAAAUGAGUGUGAAUCUGACCCUGGGAGCGAUUUCCAGUGCAAUGUCGAAGGUGAAUGUUAUGGUGACAUAUUGGGUACCUUUCCCAACAUUGAUGGUGACGAUUGCUUGGCGGAAUGCAAGAAAAACUCCCAGUGUAAAUGGUAUACCUAUUACGUAACCCAAAAGGCCUGCCUCUUGUUUGGAUCUUGUGACUUCCAAGCUGGAUCGUGCUCAUCGCAAUGUGUUAGUGGAGAACAAGGCUGUGGAGGAGGUGUACCGCCAGUUCCCGGACAAGAAUCUAAGAUUAUUGCCAUUACCGGCCGAGAUGCCGGCAAGGACGUGGAAUUGGCCGACCUUCCCAGUGGCUACUUCAAUCAGACCUCAAUAACCGGAUGCUCAAAGCCAAUGGAUUUUCCUCACGCCAUGGAAGGCGCUGUUGGGGCAGUGGUUAAUGGCAGGGUGACUGUUUGUGGCGGUCGGUUAACCGGUCAAAUCUAUUCCGAGUGUUACCAACUGGAUCCCCAAGCACAAAAUUGGAAUUCGGUGACUUCCCCACUGUUGGCCCGAACCUAUGCUGGCUCCGUGGUGGUUCCCAAUCUUGGAUGGUGGGUCAUGGGUGGUGUGGAGAAUCUAAACAAUAACGCCAUGACAGAUGCCACUGAGGUGUACGAUACUGCCCUUGAUCAAUGGAAUAGCGGUCCAAAACUGCCAGAGAAGUUGAGCGCCUUUUGUGCGGUGCAAAUUGAUGAUAGUCGUACAUUUAUUGCCGGAGGAAAUACGGUAGAGGAUGCAUACCGUUACAAGACUUAUAUGUUUGACCAGAAACAACCCACUUGGGUUCAAAAGGCCGAGUUGAUUCACCCAAGGGAAGCGCCGGCUUGUGCAGUUUACAAGGAUAACACCAAGCUGUUCGUUAUCAUUGCGGGUGGUUAUAACAAUGCGGGUGAGGUUUCAUCCGCGGAAAUUUACGACGUGGAAUUAAACAAAAUGGCGGAAGGACCACCAUUACCAUUUCCAUUGGCCGGAGCCCGUUUGAUUAACGAUGGGGAUAACGUGAUCUUGGUUGGAGGCCAAAGCAAGGCCAUCUACCAAUUCUCGGGGACGGAUUGGGCGCUGAUGCCCAACGAGCUAAAAGACGAUAACCGAGCGUAUUCAGUGAUUUUGAGUGUGUCCGAUCAAUCUCUUUACGGAUGUCAGUCAAGAAAGAACCUUUAUUACAGAUACCCAUAAAUAUGGCCAAAAAAGGUCAAACUCUGACCAUGAUACUUAAAUAAAUGACUAAACAAUUUUUCCGUCAAACUA